GUGGACAUAUUCUGAAUUUAUUUGACAUUUGUAUGUGUUUAUGGCUUUGGAGUAAGUGGACCUAUGCGCAGUAGGGUUAGUACUGUGAUUAGCUUCAGUACAGUGUUGCUAGCACACAUCAGUGGACUCCAUAUCAUUGUGUGAUUUUUGGUUUUAUGCAUUAUGCUUGUGACAUCGUAUUUGUAAGCAUAUAAUUUUAUUAUAUGAAAUUGAUUGAAAUGUUAUUGAUUAUUUCUUAACAUGUGUAAUUAUGAUUUGAGAUAUUAAGUAUCAUUUGAAUACUGGGAAUUAUAAUAUUAUGUGUUUUGGUUCCGUUAUAUUCCAUGCUCUUUGUGUGUAUAGGUUUAGGGGUUUUUGGACCCAAGUUUAUAGCUUCAACUUCCUACUUACUGGGCUUUUAGCUCAUAAAAUUCCCCCCCUCCCCUCAUUUCAGAUUAGUAGACUGGAGUAGCGGCCACUCAGCUUGAGAGCUCUCGGUAUAAAUCUCGUAUGUCGACCUCAGUGUUUUCAAUGUGAAGGUGGAUUAAUGUAUUACCAAAAUGGGAAUGUCACAAAGAGGAACUAGAAGCACUCAAUUCUAAUGACACAUGGGACCUUGUCCCAUAUGAUCCAAAGAUGCAUGUCAUAGGAUCAAAGUGGGUGUUCAAAACAAAAUUGAAGGCAGAUGGAACUCUUGAACGGCUGAAGGCACGUUUUGUUGCAAAAGGGUAUAAUCAAGUUAAAGGUGUUGAUUUCUCUGAAACGUUUUCUCCUGUUAUUAAACCCGCAAUUGUUAGAAUUGUUUUAUCUAUUGCUAAGGUUAAAGGAUGGGAUAUUAGACAAUUAAAUGUAAAGAAUGCAUUCUUACAUGGUAAACUUCAAAAACCUGUGUAUAUGGCCCAACCCCCAGGUUUUAGUGAUCCCAAAAAUCCUAACUAUAUUUGUCAUUUGAAGCGUGCCUUAUAUGGAUUAAAACAGGCACCAAGAGCAUGGUUUAAUAGAUUUAGUGAAUUUUUGCUAACAUUUGGAUUCUUUUGCAAUAUUGCUGAUCCUUCACUUUUUGUUUGUCAUAACGCUCAAGGUACUAUCGUUCUUUUCUUAUAUGUUGAUGAUAUAAUCUUAACAGGUGAUAACUCACAUUUUUUGAAUGAGUUUAUUCCGCAAUUGAGCUUAGAAUUUGCUAUGAAAGACAUGGGACCACUGCAUUAUUUUUUGGGAGUAGAAGUACAAAAUGAUACUCAUGGACUCUUUCUUUGUCAAACAAGAUAUGCUCAAAAAGUCUUAGAGCGUGCUGAAAUGGGGGAUUGCAAACCAAUUCGAACCCCAAUGGCUCCAAAAGUGAAAACCCCAGAGAAUAAUCAACCUUUCCAUGAUAUUACUUUGUUUCGGAGUAUUGUAAGAGCUCUCCAAUAUCUAACCUUUACUCGUUUGGACAUCACUUAUAGUGUAAAUUAUAUUUGUCAAUUCAUGCAUCAACCUUCUGUUUAUCACUUUCAACUUGUAAAACGAGUGUUACGCUAUAUAAAAGGUACGUUAGACUAUGGUAUUCGAAUUUGCUCACAAUCUAAUCUUGAUUUAUAUGGGUUUUCAGAUGCAAAUUGGGCUAGUUGUCCAUCUACUAGGAGAUCUACAACAGGUUUUUGCACCUUUCUUGAUAGUAAUUGCAUCUCCUAGAGUGCAAAGAAGCAACAGACAGUAGCUUGAUCAAGUACAGACAGUAGCUUGAUCAAGUGCAGAAGCAGAAUACCGUGCAAUGGCCUUUACAACUACUGAGCUCACUUGGAUAUCUUAUAUCCUUCGUGACAUUGGCCUUCAUCUUCCCCAGCCUAUCACUCUAUUCUGUGACAACAUGAGUGCUCUUCAUAUGUCUAUCAACCCUAUCUUUCAUGCUUGCACCAAGCACAUUGAAAUAGAUUACCAUUAUGUUCGUGAACGAGUUGCUUUGGGAUUACUUAUUACAAGAUUCAUCUCUUUAGACCGACAAGUUGCUGACAUCUUCACAAAGCCUUUAUCCAAGCAUUGGUUCCAAUCCUUAUGCAGCAAACUUGGUCUCUUACCAUCUCCCUCACCCAGUUUGAAGGGGAGUAUUAAAACAAAAAGACAGCUGAUGCAAAGUAGAAGAACAUCUAUUUCUUUAGCAAGAGGAUAGCUGGAUUGCAUCAAAGGAAAAGAUUAGCAGAUGGCAAAAAUUGCGCAACAACUGGACUACAUUGAAGGAGGAGAUUAACAGAAGAUUAGCAAAAGAUUAACAAAUGGCCAAAUUGUGCAAAUUGAUUCAUGGAGGAAGUGUUCAAACACAAAGAUUGAUUAAUUCCCUGUAUUCAUACCUUAUUUCUCUCAUACUUUCCCUUUCCACUUUGUAAUUUGAAUAAUAUUUCUUUAUUUCUUCAAUUUGUAUAUCUAUAAAUUGUAAAGUUUUCU